UUCGACUUGCCGAGUGCAGGUGUGACUCGUCUGUCAUGAGCGUGUUGUCGCACGACGAGGGCGGUAGGCAAGUCAAGUCAAGUGUGGCCAUCUCUGCAGACACCAGCGCACGUUCGGCAUCACCGACAAUCGACGCAAUGUCGCCAGACAAGGAGAAGAUCGACGCGGACGUCGAAGCAAAGGAGCGGUGCCCGGAGCCACCAGCGGAUGCAUCGAGCGUAUCAGAGUUUCCCGAAGGCGGUUUGCGGGCCUGGUCAGUGGUAUGGGGCGGCUUCUUCGCUUUCAUUGCGACGUUUGGUAUCACGAAUUCUUAUGGCGUAUUUCAAGACUACUAUCAAUCAACAUUGCUAUCGCACUCGUCGUCAUCAACUAUCGCAUUGAUUGGGGCAAUUCAGCUCUUCUUUCUGUACGGAGGCGGUCCGAUCGUUGGGCGAAUAUACGAUGCUUACGGGACUAGUGUUCUUAUCCCGCUAGGGUCGUUCUUGAUUGUGUUCUCCCUCAUGAUGCUGUCCCUGGUACAACCCGACAAGCCGUACCAGAUCUUUCUCUCGCAAGGGAUCCUCUUCGGGUUCGGGCUCGCGUGCAUAUUCAAUCCGACCAUGUCAGUGGCGGGGCACUGGUUCCGGAGGAGACGAGCGUAUGCGAUAGGCGUCAUCGCCUCGGGCAGCUCGAUAGGCGGCGUGUUCUUCCCGAUCAUGCUACAGCGGCUCAUCGUCAGCAUUGGCUUCCCGUGGGCUGUGCGCGCGGUGGCCUUCAUCUGCCUGGGGUGCUUGACGAUCGCAUGCUUGACGAUCCGCACGCGGUUGCCGCUAUCGCGGAGUAUCUCACUGAGAGGUUUGGUCGACCUCAACGGCUUCAAGGACUGGAGAUACGUCCUAGCCACUAUCGCGGCAUUCUUGGUGUUUUACGCCCUCUUCAUACCCUACUUCUACAUCCAAAUUUUCGCGGACUUUUUCGGAGUCCCUAACAAUUACGCCAUAUACCUCCUACCAAUCAUCAACGCCUUCGGGACACCCUCACGUAUCAUUCCAGGAAUGAUGGCAGACCGGUGGGGAUGCAUUACCGUUCUCGUGCCUUCUACUGUGAUCGCCAGCAUAUUCACGCUCGCGUUGUGGCUCCCGGCACGCACAUCCGCUGCCAUUACUGCUUUCGCAGCCAUGUACGGGCUCUUUACAGGCGCUUUCGUCACCUUGCUGCCCGCGUACAUAUACACCAUCUCGCCCCUCGAAGUGUACGGCGCCCGGCUAGGAGCGAUGUACUUCUUGGUCGGCAUCGCCAACCUUGUUGGAACUCCCACAGCAGGCGCGUUCUUGACAACGAUGGACGUGGCUGGUUUCAAUGGUCUCAUCAUCUUCACCGGGGUGCUGCUGGCGGCGGGAUCGUUGAUAUUGGGUGUCGUAGGGGUUGUCACGGAGGUUCGAAAACGACAAGCAGCGCGUCUGCCGUGAUGAUAAGCUUCGGAGAUGUCACAGUCCGUAGAUGCAGUGCUUACGGAUAAUUAGAAUGUGGUGCACGUGCAGCAGUGUCCGCUGGAUUUGAAUGCACGACUUCUUAGUACGAGCAUAAGGUCCGAGUCGCUGGCGGCCGAGGGUCGACGUGUUGAGUCGCGGC